AGUCUGCUGCUGGCCUAGCUGCUGUCUGCUACCUAAGCUGCGGAACAGGAGAUGGCCGUGGACCCAGUCUCCAGUAGGACUGCAGGGAACAUAUCGACACAACUCCAUGUUGCAGCCAGGGCUUGUAUCCUCAGAUCUGCCUCUUGGAAAUGAUGGCUACCAUAGCUCUUUCCCGGCGUCUGUUCUUCUACAUCCUCCUCCUGCUCCUGGCUACACCUUGGGCGUCUGCAACAGUGAAAGACUGUUCCCAUCUUGAGUGCUUCUACAACUCAAGAGCCAAUGUCUCCUGCAUGUGGAGCCACGAAGAGUCCCUGAAUGUCACAACCUGCCACAUCCAUGCCAAGUCGGACAUGCGAGGCUGGAACAAAACCUGUGAGCUAAUUCUCCUGAGGCAAGCAUCCUGGGCCUGCAACCUGAUUCUCGGGCCACUCCCAGAUUCCCAGUCACUGACCUCCGUAGACCUCCUCGACAUAAGUGUGGUGUGCUGGGAAGAGAAGGGCUGGCGCAGGGUGAAGACCUGCAAUUUCCAUCCCUUUGACCAUCUUCGCCUGGUGGCCCCUCAUUCCCUUCAAGUCCUUCACAUCGAAACUGAGAGAUGUAAUAUAAGCUGGAAGGUCUCCCAGGUCUCUCACUACGUUGAACCAUACUUGGAAUUUGAGGCCCGUAGACGUCUUCUGGGCCAUAGCUGGGAGGAUGCAUCCCUAUUUAGCCUCAAGCAGAGGCAGCAGUGGAUCCUCUUGGAGAUGCUUACCCCUAACACCUCAUAUGAGCUCCAGGUGAGGGUCAUAGCUCAACGAGGCAAAAACAGGACCUGGAGCCCCUGGAGCCAGCCCCUGGCCUUUUGUACAAGGCCAGCAGAUCCCAUGAAGGAGAUCCUCCCCCUGUCAUGGCUCAGAUGCCUUCUUCUGGUCCUCGGUUGUUUCUUUGGCUUCUUGUCCUGCGUCUACAUUUUGGUCAAGUGCCGGUACCUUGGGCCAUGGCUGAAGACAGUUCUCAAGUGCAACAUCCCAGAUCCAUCUGAGUUCUUCUCCCAGCUGAGCUCCCAACAUGGGGGAGACCUUCAGAAAUGGCUCUCCUCGCCUGUCUCCUCAUCCUUCUUCAGCCCCACUGUCCCUGCACCUGAGAUCUCUCCGCUGGAAGUGCUUGACAGAGACACCAAGGCCAUGCAGCUGCUUCUGUUACAGAAGGACACGACAGUCCCUUCACCCUCACCCAGUGGCCAUUCACAGGCCAGCUGCUUCACCAACCAAGGCUACUUCUUCUUCCAUCUGCCCAAUGCCUUGGAGAUUGAAUCCUGCCAGGUGUACUUCACCUAUGACCCCUGCAUGGAGGAGGAUGUGGAGGAAGAUGGACCAAGGCCUCCUGAGGGAUCUCCCCUCCCACCUCUGCUGCCUCUGGCUGGAGAACAGGAUGACUACUGUGCCUUCCCGCCCAGGGAUGACCUACUGCUCUUUUCCCCGAGCCUGAGCACCCCCAACAAUGCCUAUGGGGGCAGCAUAGCCCCUGAAGAAAGGCCUCCCCUCUCCCUGCAGGAGGGACUUCCCUCCCUAGCAUCCCCUGACCUGAUGGGCUUACAGCGCCCUCUGGAGCUGGUGCUGGAAGGUGAUGGAGAGGGGCUGUCUACCAAUACCCCUGGGGAACAGGCCAGUGUCCCAGAAGGCAGCCCUCAUGGGCAAGAUCAGGACAGAGGCCAGGGUCCCAUCUUGACUCUGAACACUGAUGCCUAUCUGUCUCUUCAAGAACUACAGGCCCAAGAUUCAGUCCACCUAAUAUAGACAGGAGGCCAGGAUUUGGAUCCAGCUGCCUGGGUCAGGUCAGGCUUGAGGGAGAUUGCUUUAAGGGGUCUCUUGAGGACAGUCCACUGUUGAGGACUAUCCCUGGUUAUCCCAACCCCCAAACUUAGUCAUCCACUUUUGAGCUCCGCUUGAUGCUUCCUGGUCUAUCCAGGGUUUGGGGUGGGGAGUGGUGGUCAGCUCUGCUGCCCUAUUUAGUCAUGAGGUCACUAGCUUCCUAUGCCCGCCUCACUCCCUCCUGCUUACCUUCACAGGGCAGCCAGAACUUGCUUCCCCCAAUACAAAAGCAACUUUGCUCUUCUUCUAUUCCCGAGCUUGCUGUGGUUCCCUACUGCCUUCUGUCCCAUUUCCUGUCCAGACUCUUGCCCCACCCGCACUGCUGUGGAACAGCUGUCCUCAGGGUGUGAUGUGGUUGUACACUGUCUUAAUCAGAGAAGCUUUGACAACCCAAACAAAGAGAUCCUGAUAAGACUGGAUGCAGCCUGUCGACUGUUGAGCCCCCCCCCCCCCCCCGCAAAGAAGGAGGGGAUGGGAAGGGUCAUCAAUCUAUCACCUGAGAUCUUAGCCACUCCCCUGAACCCCAUCCUCAGCUAUGUGUGAUUCUGCCCCUAAAACGUGCGUUACUUUAUGUGUUCUUGGGAGAUGCUGGUGUAUGUAGGAGGGGGGAGGGCUGAUGGAAGGGGGGAGGGCUGAUGGAGGGGGGAGGGCUGAUGGAAGUCCAUAUAUGUUGCUUUGGGGGCCUUGUUGUCUAUUCUGGGGUGGGGUUUUCUGUGAAGCAGCUUCUUUGGGAUUACCUAGUUCCCAGUCCGUAAGCCUAAUAGACUCAAGGGUUCACCAAGCUGGACUUGAGUGUCCUUGUGCCUUUGAUGCGGUACCUGGGAGAAGUACUUAUUUGUUAAUGUGUCCUCAAAGUCAAGAACAGCUUACA